UUCCGGAGACGCCGUUCCAACGUCGUCUCCUGCGACGCCGUUUUCGCCGACGCGUGAAUGGAGCGCAGCCCGGGAGGAACCCGCUGGUUGUUUCUGCUGAGCGUCAUGCGGGCUGGGAAAAAGGUGAUAUAGGCGGGCAGGAAGCGGCCACUUCAAUUCUGACCGCGGUCUGGUGAAACAACCCAGGAGUGGACAUGAACCAAGGACAAGGGCAAAGUGAAAGGCAGGAGGACCUGACCAUACUGGUUUGUCAGGAGUCUGAUCUGCAUGAUGGACAGAUGAAGCAGGUAACUGUAGAGGACCAGAAGGUGCUGUUGGUCCGUACGAAGGGUCAGUACAGCGCAGUUGGAGGCAGGUGUACCCACUACAAUGCCCCGCUUAUUAUGGGAACGCUGGUUGGAGACAGAGUGAGGUGUCCUAUUCAUGGAGCCUGUUUCAAUGUGAAAACAGGAGACAUCGAGGACUAUCCAGGCCUGGACUGUCUGCCAACAUACAAGGUGAAGGUCCAAGACGGCAAUGUUUAUGUUUCUAUUGACAAAAAGUCUUUGAAGUUGACCAAGAGGAUGAAGGAGAUGUGCACUGUUAAGCCCGAUGUCAAACACACCAUUCUGCUUGUGGGAGGAGGCCCUGCCUCGCUGGUGUGUGCCGAGACGCUUCGUCAGAACUGCUAUGAGGGUCGCAUCAUCAUCGUUACCAAAGAUAACCUCCCUCCGUUUGACAAACCCAAGCUAAGCAAAGCUAUGAAUGUGGAGAGCAGCAGCAUCCUGCUGCGGCAGCAUGAGUUCUAUCUACAACACGGGAUAGAAAUGUGGACGGGGAAAGAGGUGAUCUCUGUGAACUCGGCCGAUAAAGUAGUGCAGCUGAGCAACGGCACCUCGCAGCGUUAUGAUCAGCUCCUCAUCUCAACAGGCUGCAGAGCGUGCCCUCUCCAGUGUCCUGGAUCAGAUUUGAAGGGGGUACAUCUGCUGCAGAGUUAUGCAGACGCCAAAGAGAUUCACGCAUCAUCUCUCGGCAAGAGAGCUGUUGUAAUUGGAGCUUCCUUCAUAGGCAUGGAGGUAGCUUCCUACCUGUCGGACAAAGCUGCCAGCGUGGCUCUAGUGGGUCCCACCAAGUAUCCUUUCCAGAAGUCUCUGGGGCCCGAGAUUGGCAAGAUGACCAUGCAGAUGUUGGAGGGAAAAAAAGUGAAGUUCUUCAUGAACAACAAAGUGACAGAGAUCAGAGGGGAGACUGGAAAGGUGAAGGAGGUGAUGCUGGCUGAUGGUACUGUCUUGGAAGCUGAUGUGGUAGUUGCAGGAAUUGGUGCAAUUCCCAAUUCAGACUUUCUAACAGGAAGUAAUGUGGCAGUGGAUUCAAGAAAAGCAGUUAUUGUUGACAAGUUCAUGAGGACCAAUGUAGCAGAUGUCUUCAGUGCUGGAGACGUCGCCUCCUUCCCUCUGACCAUUCGUGGGGACCAGCGGGUCAAUAUCGGUCACUGGCAGAUGUCCCACGCUCACGGAAGAGUUGCAGCUCUGAACAUGCUGAAUAAACCAACAACAAUUGAGUCAGUUCCCUUUUUCUGGUCUGCACUGGCUGGGAAGAGCAUCAGAUACGCAGGUUAUGGUGAGGGCUACACAGAAAUCAUAAUUAAAGGAAAACUGGAAGAACAGAAAUUUGUGGCCUUAUACAUAAAGGACGAGGUGGUGGUUGCUGCGGCCAGCAUGGCGUUCGAGCCUGCCGUGUCUCGUGUUGCAGACCUGCUGGAUCAAGGCAGAGCCAUAACAAAGACUCAGGCUCAAUCUGAAGACCUGAGCUGGCUGGGGAUGUAACUGGUUGUCAUCAGGAGCAAUCGAUGAUGUUGUCUCCAUCUCCAUUUUGUCUGUAUUUCUCUACAGUGCCUACAUUGAUCUGUCCAUUUAAAGCCACAGGCGUGGCGGUAAACUAAUCAAAUUGUUGUUCUUUUCUUACGAAGCCAUGCUGUAGAGUGAAUGAUUUAAUUUCCCUGUAAUCACCAUAGAAUAGAAUAUACUUUAUUGAUCCCCAAUGAGCGCAGAAAAAGUUUGAAUCAAAUUGCAAGGACUUGGACAUGGUAAAGCCUGAUGGUAACAGGCAGAAAGGACUUUCUGUGGCGCUCUGAGGUGCACUUUAGCAAAAUGAGGUUAAUAGGAUAGUAACAGUCUGUGUCUCACUGUUAAAUAGUCUGUGUGGUGUUUGACAUCUUCACUGUGUGAUAUGCUUUGUUUGACUAAUCAAGUGCAAUUAAACUGGUUUCAGUUUAUCAGGAUGCAUCAGAGGCUCUUUAGGGUGCUUAAAGUGUGAUUCUGAAAAAAUACAUACUGUUAUUCUUUUUCUCUAUCUGAUAAUGUUGUUCAGUUUCUUUGGUGCUGGUCAUUUUCUACUUUUAAAAAUCAAAAAUAGAUAUGCAUCUCUCUCUCACUAUGGUGAUCAUUUUAAUCAAAUGUAGCCUAAAAUAUAAAUGAUUCAAAUCUUCACUGACUUCCCAGCUGGCAUUUACAUAAGGUCCUCCUCUGCUCCUUAAGGUCAGGACGUUCACUGAAAACAAAAUGAAUGUUGUGACAUUUUUCUGCUUCUAAUAAAAAAGUACCUGAUACCAAA